AUGUAUGAAUUCCAAUCAAUUACCAAGAUGGCAACAUACUCUUCCUAUUCUUUCGAAAAGCUUCGAUAUGAAGACUAUAUGGGAAAGAAGAAACAAAAAAUAGAAACAACAACAUCAUCGGAUCAGGAAAUUGCCACAGAAUUAUUUCAAAGAUAUGACAUUAAAGCAGACCAAAAUGAUGAUCAAUCUAUUAUUAAUGGAAAUGUAUCAUCGGGAAGGAAUUCCUAUCUUUCUCUGAAUAUUAGUAGUAUUUAUUUUAAUAUUAUGAGUGGUGAUGAUUCAGUUGAGAAGAGAUCAAGUGAUGUGGCUAUCGUAAUGGCAGAUUCAAAGGUAUUAUGUCACAAAAUAAUACUCUUGUGUAGAUCACCUGUAUUUAAGAAAUUAUUUGAAAUGUAUCCUGAUUGUAAACUUAUUUCCAUUCCAUCUAUCAAAAAGCCAAUUAUGGAAGUAUUAAUACAGUAUAUUUAUACUGGACAGAUUGAUAAUGAACAUUUAAUUAUUCAUGAUUAUGUAAUAGAUGUGUUUGAGGCUGCAAUUUUAUUACAAAUGAAACCCUUAAUAGAAGUUCUAGCUAAAAUUGUUUCAUCAACAACUAGAAAUGUAUAUUUAAGCGCCAAGAUAUGGACCUGGACCAAUAAGAUGUAUUCUCAAAAAGCAUCAAAGAAUAUUUUCGAUAAUUAUUUCUUAAUUGAUGAAAUUUCAGCAAAUAUUACAUUGGAAGAUUCAUCAACAGGACUCGAUGAUUUAAUUUCAGAUCUUCACACUAAAACAAAGAACUUGUACUUGGAAAGUUUUGGAAUGGAAAUUGAAAAAUCAACAAAUUAUUUAGAGGAACAAGGUCCAAACUUUUUGGAAAUUCUUUUCAGACUGCUUGAGGAACCUGAUACCAAUUCUUUACUUUCUAAGGAUGCUACAUCAAGUAAGUAG